GUCUUCUCUCUGGUGACAGUGUCACACGUGACAGCGUCACACGUGACAAGAUGUAGCGUCCGCGGUAAACUGAAAUAAAAUAAGAAAAAAAGAGAAAUUAACAACGAAAGAUGGAAACGGAAGAGCUUUACAAUAUCAGUAUCUCUCCGCUGGUGACGAUCCCAUUCGCAACGCAAUGGUCACCCGACAAUCAAAUAUCCAUAAUCACAGACAAAGGCGUUCACGUAUUCGAGCUGCAACCUUCACCCAUGUCUCCUAACUCGACAAUCAAGUUUGCUCGUUCCUUUAUAUAUCCUCCUGAAAAUUUGCCAGCAUGUUCAUUUGCGAAUAAGAUAGACUCAUUAAUAUGGAAUCUGGACCGUGAAAACAUUUAUUCGAUUCUCAUGGAAGAAACAAUAACUCCGAUAAUAGAUGGUGUAAAUGAUAUGAACCACAGAAUAGUAAAUAUAAUGUGGUCGCCAAAAAAUUUGAUCUCUCCCAGCCAGUGUGUAUUAGCAAUAUUAACUACAGCAGGUACUGUUGAAUUGUUGCAUAAAGUUUUCAAUGUGUGGUAUUCUAUAUGUGACAUUUCAUCUCUUCGGCUGAAGAAUAUGAAGGAUAACAUUAUAUCUAAUCUUGAUAAAUGUAAAAAAUCAAAGGAUAAAUAUACAGUGAUAGUUGAAAAUAUGCGGCAGUUGCAAGCAUGUGCUAUGACGUGGAGUGAACUGUUCAAAAUAGAAGAAGCUUCCUUUGCAUAUUUUUCUGUAGCUUAUUAUAAUGGAGAUAUAUUGAUUUGGAAGAUUCCUAGAAUUUCAAACUUUACAGAAAGCUUAAUACCUGUAUCCAUUGGUCAAAUAAAUUUGAACACUGCUGUAAGAAUAAGUGUAUUAUGUUGGAUCACUAUUAACACGAAUGAAUAUUUGCUAGUCGUUGGAUAUUUUGAUGGUCGAAUAUAUGGUGUUAAAUUUAUAUGUGAUAAUGAUCUACAAAUAGUGUCAAUAGAAAAAUAUGUUGCUCCAAAUCGUGUAACAAUUAAUUAUUUACACAUAAUUUCUCAAGAUGAGUCAACUGUGAACAUUCUUGCUGUCAAAGGCACUUUUCUUUUAUUAUUAUGUAUAAACUUGACAGGAACAUUGAAGAGUAUACAACAUGUACAAAUGCAAGGAUUUAAUAUUUCUGGUAUAAUCCCUAUUGCUGCUCAGCAAUUUUUGAUGACCACACAGGAUAAUCAAUUUUUCAUCGUUAACACAGAGUCAAACAAUUUAAUCAUUGUUGACAUAGAAAAUCAUUUGACACAGGGAACAGUUCAGUCUUUAGGACUUGCUCACUCGCCAAAUAAAGUGAUGUUUAUUAAUAUAACUAGUCCAAGAAUAAUUUAUGAUCAUUUAGUCAUGAGGGAACCGAGUGUAAUGCAUAUAUUCACUUUAAAGGGCUCAAUAUGUGAUCCAUUGUCUAUUAUUAAUAACAGUACAAAUCUUAUAAAUGUUUGGGAUUGCAUGGAAGUGCUCAGACUUAAAGCCACUAAGGCAGAAGAUCCAAGUAUGGUAUUGUGUCCUGCUAUAGAGAAGCUCGAAUCGUUAUCGCUUUACAAAUUGCAAUUGUCAAUGUGGAUGACAGUGAUGAUCAAUGUGUGCACGACGAAAAAACCAAUACCUAAUAUAAAUCAUAUACGAAAAUGCAAAAUAACGCCAGCGCUACCAUUGAUAUUUUUACAUUCCGCUUGCGCAUUUCUCGAUAAUUCGACAAAGAAGAGCACACUGUCAAAAGAUCAAAGACUUGCCGUGAGCUUACUCAGAAAAUAUUUGGAAGUGUAUCUUGCAGACGAAGAUGAGGUGAAAGAGGAUGUCGCGUAUCAACGCGUUCGAGAAAUAUUGAACGCGACUGCAUCUUGUCUUAAUGAAAUUGAGAAGUGUGAUCUAUGUGGUGAAGUGAUAGAUGAGCUCUGGAAUGUCGCAUCUUGUCCGCAGGGUCACAAGUUACCCAGGUGUAGUACAACAUUAUUGCAGAUAACAUUAUUAGAAUAUUAUGUUUGCCCGAUAUGCGCGCAAAUCUUCCACCCAUGCUUGAAAGAAAUGUAUGAGGAACCGCAAUGUCAGUUCUGCGAUAUGCCUAUUCUGCAAAACUCUUAUGCUUUUGAUGUAGAAGAAUCUAAACUAUACGGAAGAAACUUGUCCCAACAACGCAUUACAGAUGUGGAAUCAUCGAGAGAAUUGAACUCGGAAGAAACACAUGAAAAUCAACGAAGAAACAAAUGGGAUACAUCGCAUAAUUACUCUGUAAUUAUGAAUGAUGAUGAUGAUGAAUCAGGCAGAAUUACAGAAAAAUGGGAAGAAUUCUAAUGAAAAAUAUCUAUGAAUAUACUUAUUAAAGCAAUUCACACAAGUAUGAUAUUAA